AAUACAUACACAUUUCUGGUUAAGCAUCGCUCACUUGGGGUUGUACCUGGCUUGUCAAAUUUGGGAAACACUUGUUAUAUUAAUGCAUUGUUGCAGGGAUUGGCCAGGUUUUUUUUUCUAAAGAUUUCACAAAAAUCUUGUUUAUUCCAUUUGAUUUCGAUUUUCCUCAUUUUGAAAUAUUCUAUAUUUAUUGAAUUUCAGUUCCCACGCAUUUUUGGAAUGGAUUUAUAUGAAUUAUUUAAUGUAUUUGUUACAACGUGGGAUGAAGAAAUACAUGUUUUACAAUCAAAUUCAGUACAUUCUUCCGAUAAAAGUAACAGUCUCAAGGAAACUUUCUUUUAUGUUGGGAGUGUUAAAUGUAAUUCUUUCAGUUGUAUGAAUGAUGGUGUUAAUACUAGCGGAAAAAAAUAUCAAUAUUCAUUAAAAGCAGUUUCCGUACAUAUUGGAGGACCACAUUCCGGUCAUUUUAUAACGUACCGGCGAGGAAUUGGUACUGAAAAUCAAGAUAUUUGGUAUAGAACGAGUGAUUCAAGUGUAAGUUUUCUAUUUCUUGUUCAAUUUUAG